AUGGCAGACGAACAACCUGAAUUCGUUCCACCCCCCGAGGGACUGUGGAUACUUGAUGAUACUGGGAAAAAUCUCAAAUUCCUGUCCGAAGAAGAGCUCAACCGAAAUGCUAUCGAAACCACUGAUAAUACGAUACCCAGAGAGCCACCCGCAGAGGUCAUCACCUACCCUUACUCCUCCUCAAGAGAAGAUGCAAGAUGGGCUCCGCGACUUGGGCUGGAAUGA